CUCACAAAUUUUUUGACAAAUGAGACAAAAACAAAAACACAAGUAUCUUAAAUGAUAAACUAGAAAAAUGUGGUUUUUUACUUUAAUAUGUUAUAUAGCAAUAUUAGUACAAGUAAUAUUUAUUACAGUUUCAAUAGCUGCUGGUUUAUAUUAUUUGGCUGAACUAGUAGAAGAAUACACUUCUUAUGCUAAAAAGAUUAUUUGGUGGAUGAACACUAUUAUAACAGUUUUAUAUAUACUCUUAUGGAUAUUCGAAGACUUACCCACAUCAAUGACUGUAUGUGGCAUUCUAGCACAACUGUGCCAUUUUGUGAUACUAUCCAACUUUCCUUUUGUAGCAUUUACGUCUCCUUUCUUUAUAAUUAGUGUGAUAUUUGUUGUUAUUAAUCAUUAUUUAGCAUUUAGGUAUUUUUCAUCUACCUAUCAUCCAUUCUCAGAAGUAAUUGCUUAUUUUACACUCUAUUUGUGGCUGGUGCCGUUUGCUUUAUUUGUAUCAUUAUCAGCUAAUGAUAAUGUGUUACCUACAUUAGCAGAGCGACAAGAUAUCGAUGUUGUGUCUAAUUAUUUAUCAAAAAGGAACAAGAAAUAUGGACUACUAACUCUGUUUACCUAUGCAAAAGAGUCUUUACUACCAAUCAGAACAAAGAAGGGUUUUUGAGUUUUUUUAUCUGACCAUUUUUUAUAUUGGUUAAAUGAGUAUUUUGUACAUAUAUAAGUUCUAAUUUAUUAAUUACUAACUGAACUGAAUAAAAUUAUUAUGUUACA